AUGACAGCGGCAGCGGGAGCGAGCAGCAGCCGCAGACGACAGCUAGGAGCAGCAGCAGCAGCAAGAGCAGCAGCAGCAGCAGCAACGAGCCAUGCUGCCGGGACGACCCCGCGGGAAGCAGCGGAAGACAAGCAGCAAACACCUCACCCCACCGCUUCCUGGGUGACCUUCUGGUGUACGUGGAGCUCAGGUGCCACUGCAGCAGCAGCAGCAGCCGCAGCAGCAGCGGAAAGCGCUUCUUUUUGCCUCUGCUCAUACCGGCGCUGCUGCAGCUGCAGCAGCAGAUCCGCCUGA